AUGGUUACUCAAGACUCUCAAAAGCAUACCUAUUUCAAUGCAGACAAAGAAAUUAACAAGUAUGGCUUAGACCACUCAACUUUUGACUUGGUAGAUGUGGAGAGGUUCAGAACUACUAGAGGAUGGACGGUGAUACAGUGUUUGGGGACUUGGUUUUUAAUGAUUCUAUCAUUAGUUUUGCUUGGUUCUGACAUAUAUACCUGUGUUAAUAUUCUAGCAUUUGAUAGAUGGUCUAGCACUGACUAUAAACCAUAUGCAUAUUCUGUCGCAAAAUGGAUAUUCACAGGAUGUAUUUUAUUUCAGUUCUUGCUACUUAUCUACCAUUGGAUCUGGGCAAUACAUACAUAUAAGACAAAAAAUAUUGCCCUUGCCUACGUCAAUUCAAUUGCAAGACUACUCUAUAUUAUCAAGUCUUACAAUUAUUUCUGUUUGUUCAAUGCAAUUGAGCAAGACGAUUUUUUUGAUUGGGCAUCCUUCUUAUCAUAUGGGGAGAUGGACAAUGCUCUUCAAAUACUAGUUGCUGAUACACCAAGACAAGUUAUUAACAUUUUAACGUUGAGAUAUUAUGCUACCGAUGGAGACAAUUCGAAUGACAUUAUUUCGAAUAUAAGAAAUAUAGCUGUUACCAAUUUGGCUUUAUCCAUUAUAUUAUCGUUCAUGUGCUUGUCUGUCGUUAUUUGGUGUAUUUUUUUUUUAAAAUUCGUCUUUGGGAUGAUAUUAUAUGUCCCGGUUCUAGUUGGUAUCAGAAAGAAAAAUUUCAAGUCCCUCAAAAAAUACUGCUGCAGUAUUGUUAACGAUAACGUGAGGAUAUUGGUUUACAAGAAUCACAAACCAAAGGGUGAACUAUUGGAGAAGGGCAUUGUUGAAUAUAAAGACAUAGCUGAGAAUCCUUUACUUAACCAGUCAACAGCAACUUUUGGUUCUGAAUUUGAAUAUCAACAGAUUUCUAAGAAUAUCGGACGGCCAUCCGCUAUUCAUACAAGCAAUAGCUUUCAUGGAAAUAAUAAGCAAAUACAAGGGUUCCCCACGACGCUUGAACAAGUAUAUGAUUCUUUGCCGUUGGAAAAUUUAGAUAAUUCACGUUAUGCUCAAGGAAAUGAUAAAGUCAAUCAUUCUACUGCGUCUCUUGCAGAUCCAUUUAGCGACGCUCACAAGUUUUCAUCAACUGAUAACUUGAUAUUCACAAGGUCAAGGUCUAACGACUCGUCUCUGUCUGCUAAUAGUGCAACAAGCAACAGAUACUCUCCUCCAAUAUUGCCACCUCUGAAAAAUCCAUUUGCUGAUGUAGAUAAGACUAUUUCUAAGCAUCAUAAUAAUUCGCAGCUGAGCCUUCAAAAGGGAAGAAGAAGACCACCAGAUUUUAAUAACAUAGUGAGCUCAAAAAAUUAUUGGCAUACCGUCGAUGACGCUGGUUCGUCGAAUCCAGUCAACCCUUUUCUGGAUCAAUACAAAAAAGCUAAUGAUACUGAAUAUGUGGCGUAUAAAAAUGAAAGCGAUAUAGGCAAAUUUGAGGGCAAGCGCUUGAAUAAUCAGCUGCUGUAUGCUUCUUCUGGAAAUGAAGAGGUUGACAUGACCCUUUCCUCGGAGUUUCCUGAAAGAAGCGCUCUGCUUUUGCCUGCUGAAGAGCUUCCCUAUCCAGUACGAGGUGUAUCCAUGUAUGAAAAUGAUUUUAAAUGA